AUGGCGAGCUUUUUCGAUCUCAAAGCCAGAAAGGCUGCUGCUGCGAAUGGCGCCUCCGGCCCCAAGACAGAGGACGCCAAGAAGACUGCGCGGAAGCAGCCCUGGGUCGAGAAAUACCGACCGAAGACCCUGAGCGACGUCACCGCACAGGACCACACGGUCAACGUACUUCAAAGAACACUACAAGCGUCCAACCUCCCACACAUGUUAUUCUAUGGCCCGCCCGGAACCGGUAAAACCUCGACCAUCCUCGCCCUUGCGAAGGAGCUCUACGGGCCUGAGAUGAUGAAGGCCCGAGUGCUGGAGCUCAACGCCUCGGAUGAGCGUGGUAUCUCGAUCGUCCGGGAGAAGGUCAAGGACUUUGCGCGCAUGCAGCUCGUCAACCCUCCUCCAGGUUACAAGGACAGAUACCCCGUCCCGCCGUUCAAGAUCAUCAUCCUCGACGAGGCCGACAGUAUGACGCAGGACGCACAGUCCGCUCUCCGCCGAACCAUGGAGACUUACAGCAAGAUCACACGGUUCUGUCUGAUUUGCAACUACGUCACCCGCAUUAUCGACCCUCUCGCCAGUCGAUGUAGCAAAUUUCGCUUCAAGAGCCUAGACCAGGGUAAUGCGAAGAAGAGAUUAGAAGACAUCGCAGACAAGGAGGGUGUUGCGCUCGGGGAAGGCGCAGUGGAUGCCCUGAUCAAGUGCAGUGAGGGCGAUCUGCGGAAGGCGAUCACGUUUCUGCAGAGUGCCGCGAGGCUCGUAGGCGCUAUCGAGAAGGAAGACGGCGGGGAGGGAGACGGCGAUAAGAUGGACGUUGACGAAGAUGCGAAAACAGUCACGGUGAAAACCGUCGAGGAUAUUGCCGGUGUGAUACCUGGAGACACGAUCCGGAACCUGCAAAAAGCCAUGCAACCACGCUCGGCAGCCGCCACGUACCAGGCUGUUGCGAAGGUCGUAGAGGAUAUGGUUGCCGACGGAUGGAGCGCAACCCAAGUCGUUACCCAACUGUACCAAGCCGUCAUCCAAGACGAGACGAUACCGGACAUUCAGAAGAACAAGAUUACGUUGGUGUUCUCGGAAGUCGAUAAGAGACUAGUGGACGGCGCUGACGAGCACCUGUCUAUUUUGGACCUGGCGUUGAGAAUAUCCAAUAUCAUGGCUGGAAAGGGUUAG